UUUCCCUUUACAUGCGACGGCCAUGCAAUAAAAGCAGAGUCCUCCGUGCAGUGCGGUUUUGCAGCUCCUCCAUCACCACCUGGAGUAUUCGUGCACCACCACCAUGCAAGCGGCGGGCACCGGAGCAGCUGAUACCGACGCUACUGUAAACGGUAGCAGCAGCAGCACCGCAGACGUCGACGACAGCGACGGGGCAGGGGAGAGGAUGGAGAGGACGGUGCCAAGCGAGCAGCAGGACAGGACCAACAACCAGCAGCAGCAGCAGCAGCAGCAGAAGACGUCCUUAUCACCAUCCGGAGUGCUCGAUAAAUUGUUCGGGAAGCGCCUCUUGCAGGCCAGACACUACAUUAUGUCUCGUAAGUCCUGGCUGAAGAUGGUGCCCACUGAAAACUGUGAUAUCCUGAUGACAUUCCCAGAUACAAUCGAUGAUCACACUCUGCUGUGGCUCCUGAAUCAGAUUCGUGUCGGAAUCCCACAAGUCAGCAUUCAGGUUCGGCAGCACAAACACACCCAGGCACACGCCUUCUUCAUCACGACAACAUUUGAGAACUUACUGCGGGGAGCCGAGCAGAUGGGCAUGCACAAGGUCGUCAAACCGCAGUUUGGCGGCGGGAUGCGGCGCUUUUCCUGCGAGGAGGACAACAUCUAUGAGAACAUAGAGAGCGAGCUCUGCUUUUUUACAUCGCAGGAGCGUCAGGGCAUCAUCAAGUACUGGCUGGACAAUCUGCGAGCCAAACAGGGGGAGGUGCUCCACAACAUUCACUUCCUGGAGGGACAGCCAAUCAUUCCAGAGCUGGAAGCUCGAGGGGUGAUCCAUCAAAUGUUUCCUCUCCAAGAGCAGAGGAUCCUCAACCAGCUGAUGACAUCAUGGGUCCAGGCUGUGUGUGAGAGGCAGCCCCUGGACGAUAUCUGUGACUACUUUGGAGUGAAGAUCGGCAUGUAUUUUGCCUGGCUGGGUUUCUACACUAACUCCAUGCUGUACCCUGCUGUCAUCGGCUUUCUGCUCUGGAUACUCGCUGAGGCUGACCAGACCAGCCAGGAUAUCUGCUGUGUGGUUUUUGCCCUCUUCAAUGUUGUGUGGGCGACGCUGUUUCUGGAGCGCUGGAAGAGGCGAGAGGCGGAGCUGGCCUACAGGUGGGGCACCCUGGACACCCCCGCAGAGUCCUUGGAGGAGCCCAGGCCGCAGUUCAGGGGAGUGAAGCGCUGCAGUCCCAUAACGGGCUGUGAGGAGUUCUACUACCCACCUUGGAAAAGAGCUCUGUUCAGAUGGCUGGUCAGCCUGCCCAUCUGCCUUCUCUGUCUCUGCUUUGUCUUCCUCGCCAUGCUCCUCUGCCUGGAACUGCAGGAAGUGGUGAUGGAGAUUCAGGAGCUACCUGGUAUCACAAGAUUCAUUCCUAAGAUACUUCUGGCCAUUACUGUGACCAUAUGCGAUGAAGUGUAUAAGAAGAUUGCCUACUGGCUUAAUGACAUGGAGAACUACAGACUUCAGAGUGCCUAUGAGAAUAAUCUCAUCAUCAAGAUGGUUUUUUUUGAAUUCAUCAAUUCGUACCUUAGCCUUUUCUACAUUGGAUUCUACCUCAAGGACAUGGAGCGACUGAAGGAGAUGCUAGCCACUCUACUGAUCUUCCGCCAGUUCCUACAGAACAUCAAAGAGGUUCUCCAGCCUUAUCUCUACGAGCAAAACAAGCUGGGCGUCUUUACCCCCAAAGUGCUGUGGGAGCUGCUCCAGACCAUCAUACUCAAGUACGGCCGCCUAGCUCUGGGAAAGGCCCAAGCCUCGAUGACAGGCUACUCCUUCCUGGGUCCCAAAGGGAUCCCCGUCACUCACACUGCUAACGGCAACCCAGAGCAGAAGAAAAGAGGGGAUCUGAAAGCUGGAUUCAGGCUGACAGAAGAGGAGUGGGACAUGAACGACAGCAAUCUGAAGCAACGUAAAGUCAGCUUCACUGAGAAGGUUGACUACCAGGAUGUCAUGACAGAAACGCUGCCGGUGGCUCGCAGCUGCCUUGAGGACAGUCCUACACUGGUGGAGGAAGGGAUGGAUCCAUCAAGCAUUUUUGACAGUUGUGAUGAGGACAGCGACUGUGAAUCGCUGUCUCAAGAAUCUGAGUCUCUGUGUCAGAAAAGAAAGAACGUCAGUGAGGAGAAAGAGCAUAAGAAGUCAUGGAUGGAUCCACCAGAGGAACCCAAAACUGUCACUUUGACCCAGGCUGAGAUUGAGAGCUGCAUGCAGACAUACGAGGAUACGCUUCAGGACUACCAGGAAAUGUUCAUCCAGUUUGGCUACGUGGUGCUCUUCUCCUCUGCGUUUCCCCUGGCGGCCAUGUGUGCUCUUAUCAACAACAUCAUCGAGAUCCGCAGUGACGCCCUGAAGCUCUGCACCGGCCUGCAGAGACCCUUUGGACAGAGGGUAGAGAACAUCGGACAGUGGCAGACUGCAAUGGAGGCCAUGGGUUUGAUAGCCAUUAUAGUUAACUGUUACCUGAUUGGUCAGUGUGGGCAGCUACAGCGUCUGUUCCCCUGGUUGAGUCCUGAGAUGACCAUCAUCUCCAUCGUCUUACUGGAGCACUUUGCAAUCCUCCUAAAGUACAUCAUCCAUGUUGCCAUCCCUGAUAUCCCUGGCUGGGUUGCAGAAGAGAUGGCCAAGCUAGAGUACCGACGAAGGGAAGCUUUCAAGAAGCACGAGCAGCAGGCCCAGCAGCACUUCCAACAGCAGCUCAGACGCCGGCGUGAAGAGGAGGAGCUCCAGCGUCAGGCUGAGCUGCAGGCCGAGGCCCGUCAGGAGAGCGACCACAGGGCAGACACGCAGCACCAGCACCACCACGACAAAGCACCGGGGGGCAAGGCAGGGGACAAACCCAAGAGACCUAGCUCUCUGCUGGGGAACAACAAUGUGAUGAAGCUGAAGCAGAUCAUCCCUCUGCAGGGGAAGUUUUCCUCCAGCACGUCUCGCUCACCAGCUCAGUCCCCAACAGGAGGUGAGGCGAAGCUCCCAGGAUUUCUCAAGUUCUUGAAGUCGCCUGAGAUGAAAAAGGAGCCAGCGGUGGCAGCUGGAGCUCCAGCCUCAACAGUGACCUCCUCUGUUUCCCCUAGUAGCCAGGAGAGGUCACAGUCCCCCAACAGGACAUUCAGUCCUGGGAAGCUGUUCAGCUUCAGCAAGUCAGAGGGGACAGUGGUGUGUGUGAACGGGACACAACCACUGCCCCAGCCUGCUAACGCUCAGCCCAGCAGGGGCGACUUAAACACAUCGCUGGAGGAAUUACCUUCCAAUGAGUCAGAUAAAGGAGAAUCAAGACAAUUGACUGAUUUAGAAAACUCUAAGAGUUAAUAAACGUUCAACCAAUGUAAUAUGAUGAAGAGCAAUGUACAAAUGUUCAGGCAACAUUCAGAGACACACCUGUACCGUAAGAGAACACAUUAGUCACAAGGACCACAUGUAAAGGUCAGCGAGCGGUAGACUUUCACUCUUGAUGCAACUUACUUCGCACAAGGUAUUAUACUGUAUCCAUUAACACUUGAUUAUCUAACUUCCAUGUAAAAUAUGUACAGUAAGUGUAACUGCUCGAAUGGGGCUUGACUAACCUUUACUUAAGGUUAAAAUACUGCAUGACUGCCUGGUUUUUAACAGCACCAGAACAGAUUAUGUUGAUGUGGAGGAUCUUUCGUUCCAAACCCAGAUCAUUAAAGGUCCAGUGUGCAGGAUUUAGGGGGUCUAUUGACAGAAAAGGAAUGUAGUAUUAUAAGAAUGUUCUCUUUAGUAUACAAUCACCUGAAAAUAAGAACAGUUGUGUUUUUGUUACCUUAGAGCGAGCCAUUCAUGUUUACACUAUGGGUGGAUCCUUGUCCACAGAUAUCGGCAUGUUUUUACAGUAGCCCGCAACGGCAAACCAAACAUUGGGUCUAGAUAGAGCCAUUCAUGUUUUUGCAUCGGCCAUUGUUGUAAGUAGCCCCUCCAUGACACGCAGUGUAGAAAAAACUCAGACUUUUUUAACGUUUAACUGCUUUAAUCAGUGUUUUUACCAGUUUGAAACACAAGGUCCGUUAAUUUCGGAAAGGAUGACACCUCUGCGGAUAAUUCUGCUCCCAGUAAAAACCUCCUGAACAUCUGGAUCCUAAGUUAUCAGAGAAAAAAGGUGAGCACACAUUAGCAGGUGCUAGGCUAGCGGCACAUCUGCAACAAGCCCAAACAGCAUCAAAGAAACACUAAUUUUAACACGACACCACUUUAUUCAGUGUUUUUACUUAUUUGAAACACCAGGUCCAUUUGUUUUGGAGAGAAGGAGACCUCUGUGGAUAA